AUGAAAGAAGCCAUCGUCAACGCCGACCUCUCCGUCGAGAUUAAGGACUCCCCCAUCCCCGAACCAGGCCCAGGCGAACUCCUCAUCAAAGUCAUCGUCUCCGGCACGAACCCAAAGGACUGGAAACUCCCCUUUUGGUUCCAAGCCGCCUCCAACUCGGGCGAUGACGUAGCCGGCACAAUCGAGAAGGUCGGCGCCGAGGUCUACGAGUUCGCAAAGGGCGACCGCGUCGCCGGGUUCCACAUCAUGCGCACCGCCAACGGCAGCUUCGCAGAGUACGCCAUCGUCCCCGCCUACACCGCCUUCCACCUCCCCGCGAGCGUCUCCUACGAGGAGGCCGCGACGGUGCCGCUGGCUGCGUAUACCGCUGCCACGGCGCUGUUCCACUCGCUUGAGAUCCCCUCGCCUUGGGACCGCAAGAGGGAUACCAAGGCGCCUGUUGUGAUUUACGGCGCCAGCACCGCGAUCGGCGCGUUUGGUAUCAAGCUUGCCAAGAAGGCGGGCGUGCACCCUCUCAUCGCCAUCGGAAGCAAGAACAGCGCCUUUGUCACGCCUCUCUUGGAGGAAGCCAAGGGCGACGACAAGUUGGCAGAGAAGCUGAGGGAGGUCAUCAAGGCGACCGGGCAGCGAUCGUUCAGGGUCUUUGACACGGUCAGCGAGAAGGGGUCGUACCAGAUGCUCAGCAAGGCCAUCGCGGGCCCGCCCGAGGAAGGUACCGGGUUCAAGCCGAGGAUCACGACGGUGUUGCCCGGCAAGGACUUUAGCGACGUCGAUCCCAGCGUGGAGGUCGUUGUCACGAGCGUCGGGUUCGUGCACGAGGAGGAGGGCCAAGGCAGGCUGUUUGGGUUGAUUUGGGCGCGAGUGUUUGCCGAGGCGCUGAGGACGGGGUGGAUGAAGGCUCACCCGUAUGAGGUUGUCAAGGGCCUCGAGGGCGUCAAGACUGCUCUCGAUGGGCUGAAGGAUGGUACCGUCCGCGCCAAGAAGAUGGUGAUCCGUGUUGCGGAUGGCAAUUAG